GCAACUAUUCCUCUCCCAAGUGAGUCACAGUCACCAUUGCCUACUUCAAGCACCUCUAUGUCACCAGUACCACCAGCGCAAAGCUUUCAGUCUCCUCCAGCAAGUAGCAGUUCUGUCACAAUAACAGCAGCUCCCUUUCAGGCUAUGCAGACAGUAUUUAAAGUGAAUGCACCACUGCCUCCACGUAAAGACCAGGAAAUUAAAGAGGAUUCUUCAUAUCCGGCAGGCUAUAACCAGAGUUUCUCUACAGCAAGUACACAGACUCCCCCUCAAAGCCAGCUGCAAUCUUCUCAUGUUGCAGAACAAACCUCUCUUUCACAAGAAUCUCUAUCUUCAGCAGUGAAUUAUCAACCUGAUGGAGCCGUUCCUGUUAGCAAUGGUAGCCUUGCCUUUUAUCCAGCACAGACCAAUGUUAUUCCCAGGCCCCCUCAGCCUUACCUUAACAGUCGUGGGUCUGUCAGAGGAUCUGCUAGAGGUGGAAGGUCACUGGCUAAUUCAUAUCGUUCCCCUGGUGCAUACAAAGGUUUUGAUGCUUACAGAGGCUCACCUUCAAUAACUAAUGGCAACUAUGGCCAGCUGCAGUUCCCUGGUAGAGAUUAUGCUGGAAUGCCAUAUUCUCAGAGGGAUGUUAACUACCAGCAGUGCUAUAAACGAGGUGGGAUAACUAGUGGUCCUCGAGCAAAUUCAAGAGCAGGGUGGAGUGAUUCCUCUCAGGUGAGCAGUCCAGAACGAGACAACGAAACCUUUAACAGUGGGGACUCUGGGCAGGGAGACUCCCGCAGCAUCACCCCUGUUGAUAUGCCAGUGACAAGCCAGGCUGCCACCAUACUACCAGUGCACGUCUACCCCCUCCCACAGCAGAUGAGAGUUGCCUUCUCUGCUGCUAGAACAUCUAACUUGGCCCCUGGAACUCUAGACCAGCCAAUUGUGUUUGAUCUGUUGCUGAACAACCUUGGAGAAACUUUUGAUAUCCAGCUUGGUAGAUUCAAUUGUCCAGUGAAUGGCACAUAUGUCUUCAUCUUCCACAUGCUGAAACUGGCUGUAAAUGUUCCCCUGUAUGUGAAUCUCAUGAAGAAUGAAGAGGUCCUAGUGUCAGCAUAUGCAAAUGAUGGGGCUCCUGAUCAUGAAACAGCUAGUAACCAUGCAGUCCUGCAGCUGUUCCAGGGAGAUCAGAUCUGGUUGCGUCUGCAUCGGGGAGCCAUCUAUGGAAGUAGCUGGAAAUACUCCACCUUUUCGGGAUACCUCCUUUAUCAGGACUAAAAUCCAGUGCGAUGUUUACAAAAGAGCUGCUCCGAACACCUUGGUGGAGGGGGGUGGGACUAGCUUUGCACUUACUACUGACUUUGUAGAAGAUUAUGUGGUUCCAUUAUUGGGGGAAAUGAUGGUCCUGUUGUGCAAGGUGAAAUCAUGGAGUUGGGGUACUGAAUCAGCACUAAUUUGGCACUUUAUCAGUUGUGAUGUAGCCUUGCUAGUAAAGCUGUGAAUGUAUAUUGUUUGCACUUACCCUAAACUGUAUUAAUGUCCAGCUUACUACACUAUUGAUUGCCUCAAGUAUGGGCUAUUGACAAUGCCUUGUUGUGCCUCAAUAAAACAAGUUAAUAUGCAUUUUAG